ACUUCUGGGCCGCUUUCCGGGAGAGUCGUGCAAGGCUUCAAAACUCCGCAAUCAGCUGACAUCGGCAGCCGGCAAUGACCUGCCGGUCUGCUUUCAGUUGAUGUGCGCCCAAUCACCUCUGACUCGCCCAUCGCGUGCCUGGCGUCACGUUGAAUACCUAUGUAAACACAUUGACUCUUCCCCGUUAGCACAAGAGAUGACGGGCUUACUCAUCCGUCCAGCAAUAUCGGGAUUAAUCUAAACCGUCAGGCUAGAUCUAUCAUCAUUCCCGUUGCCACCAACGCCAUGCAUUUCCCCGGUGUCGCACUCAUUACUGGGGCAGCCUCAGGCAUCGGCAUGGCGACAGCCAAAUUGUUUGCAAAGGAUGGAUGUCGCAGACUGGUACUUGCCGACAUUCAGACCACAUCACUGAACAAGACCCGUGAAGAAAUACAGGCUGAACACAAAGAUGUGGAGGUCACUGCUAUACCUACAGACGUGACAUCCGAAUCCUCGGUGAACUCUCUUGUCCAAUCCGCAGUUAGCACGUUCGGGCGCAUCGACUACGCCUGCAACGUCGCCGGGACACUGAUUCCCGGCAUCAGUACUGAGUACAGCCUCGGUCAAUGGGACAAGCAGUUCUCCGUCAACACUCGAGGCAUGUGGCUCUGUCAGCGAGCUGAACUCACCCAGAUGCUCAAGCAGGAACCGAUUCAAUCCUCCGACGGCCGUUACCCUGCCCGUGGCGCCAUUGCCAACGUCGCGUCCAUGGCUGGGUUACGCGUUUACGAUAAUCUUCCGGCGUAUUGCGCCAGCAAGUAUGCGAUAAUAGGAUUCACAAAAAGUGACGGUCUGCACUAUGCAAAACACGGCAUCAGAGUGAAUGCCAUCUGUCCUGGAGUGAUCAAGACGCCCAUGCUGGGGGAUGUGCCUGAGGAAGACGAUACCAAUUUGGAUGAAAUGGUGAGCGAGAUGGCGCUGAAGCGGCCCGGUCAACCCGAAGAAGUCGCCGAGUGCUUGGUAUGGAUUACCAGCGGACGAGCAAGCUUCGUGACGGCGACCACACUCGCCCCAAAUGGAGGUAUGGUGGGAGGUUAAUUAGAAGACACGAUUCUUUGGGCACGUUCCACAUAUCACUGGAUUGGGAACACAACUUUGAGGCGGUGGGGGGUAGUUCGCCAGUUUCGAGGCCGUGAUGCUGGCCACGAAUGCCAACAAGUGAAAACUGCGCCGGGAGAAGACUCUGAUACCAAAAAGCCCAUAU